AUGUUUGAAGGUCUUAUUUAGAAAGUAUUGUUAGCCAUCUUCGGAAGGUUUAUUGAUGGACUGGAUAAGAAACAAAUCAAUUUAUCAUUUUUGAAGGGCAAUUUGGUAAUUGAGAAUGUUUCAAUAAAGAAAGAAGCUCUUGAAGCCUUAUAAUUACCAAUUGAAUUAGUAUACAGUUCAAUACAGAGAAUUGAAAUAAAUCUUCCAUGGAAUAAAUUGACUACUUAAAGAACAGAAAUAAAGAUACAUAGUGUCUUCUUAUUAGUCACUACUGUCUCUGAAGACAUGUGGGGAUUAGAGGAGAUUAAUUAUUAUAAACCAAAAGCAGCUUAAGUGAGAGCCUAUAUAAAGAAAGUUAUGGAUGAAGAAAUUAGGAAGUAAGAAACAACAACAGAUAACUAGGAACGUGAUUAAAAAGAGGCAGGCUUUUUUCAAAAAUAAAUAACCAGAAUAGUUGAUAAUCUUUACAUUUCAAUUUCUGAUGUGCAUUUUCGUUAUGAACAUUGUAUUAGUAAACAUUCUUUUUCUUGGGGUAUUACUAUUAAUCAUAUCACUUAAUAAACAGUGGAUUCUGAAUGGAAAAUUUCAUAAACAUCUUAACCUUAUAUUCAUGAACGUAAAGACUCUACCUUUGUGAAUAAACAAAUAUAAUUAUCUAAACUGGCAAUGUAUUGGAAUUCUGAUGAUCAUUAUCUCAUUUUGAGUAGCAUAAUCAAACCAUAACAUGAUAAAAAUAUUGAUGUUUAAAAAGCCAUUGUAAAAAUGGAUCCUUAUAAAAUUGAUUUAGAUCUUCGUCAACGUACUGUAUAUUAAAUAGAUGAAAAAAUGCAAGCUAGAAUAUAAUCUAGAUUAUAAUAAGAAUUAGUAUAUGAGCCAGACAAUCUUACUAUGGGAAUAAAAACAUCCAAAUCAUCAAAAUACAUAUUCUGUCUUAAUGCAGUUGCUAAUGUUGUACAAACUUAUCAGAAUUUUAGGAAGGUACCAGAAUAUAAAAUUAAAGUGGAAUUACAGGAAAUGGAUUUUAAAAUCAAGCAUACUCAAUAUAAGGAGAUUUUAAAACUUGUAUCCAUAUUCAAUCUUUAUUAAUACAGUGCCAAAUAGCAAAUGGAUUAGUAUCUCACAACAGUUUUGAGACCUUAACCAUAAGAUUUCCUUAAAAUGGAAACAAAUUCUUUAUAUCUUAGAUCCUUAUUUUAAUAUCUAGUCAAAGCUUAGAUUAUGGAAAUUAGAAGAAAAAGAUUUCUUGAGUUUGAGAUGAAUGCUCUCUAAAGAAAAACAACACCCUCUGCAUUAUUGAAAUCUUAACAUAGAGAAUUAAGACAAUAUUAAUAAAUUGUGAUAAAGACUUCAAUAACUACAUUAUAAAUGUGGGCUAAAUAAGCAUUAGAAAUAUAUGAGAGAGCUAAAGAGCAUCAUUAAAUUGAAUAGGCAUUCAAGAAGGAAAUUGAGAAAGCUUAUAAACCAUCAGCUUUUAUGGAUGAGGAAACUUAUGUUUAUUUAGAGUUUAGAUUAUCAAUUGUAAAAGGAAGUUUAAAAUUAUUAAGAAAGCAUAAGAAUUUAGAAGAAGGAUUUACACUUUUGUGGAAGAAUUUUGAUUUUUUUUUGUAAAAGAGAAGAAAUAAUUUUGAAGUAGAAUAAAUUAUACAAGAUAUGGAAGUUUAGAUGUUUAGUGUUGAAGAGAAGAAUGAUAUUAUUGUACCUAUUGUAAAGAAAAUAAAAAGUUAUGAUAUUUAAGAGAAACCUCUAAUCUAUUUCAAAUUAGAAAAACAUCCAUUAUCUAGACCAAAUUACUUCACCAGUAUAUAUUUGGAUGUUUAGAAGAUUGAAUUUAUGGUUUUUGUUGCAUCAUUAUAAAGAGUAAUAGCUUAUUUUAGGAUGCCCCCUUAAGAUGAUAAAUAAUAAGAGGGUAAAGUUAAAGAGAAUAUAAGAAAGAAUAAGAAGGAGUAGAAAAAUAAAAAUGAUGAUCCAGAUUCUGAAAAGAAGAUAGAAACUUAAACGAAAAAUUAUAUUAGCAUAACUAUUUAAUCACCUAUUGUUAUUAUUCCAAAUUAAUAGAUAAAUGAUUUACAUUCAGAUUGUUGGGUAUUGAAAUUAGGAGAUUUAGAAAUAAUAACUGUAGAUGAUAGAUAAGUUCCUGGAUUUAUUAAAUUAGGAUCAGAUAAUUACAGAAGAUUAGGUGUAAGUGGAGAAAGUGUUGGAAAAUCAAGAAUAGUAGAAUAACCAUUAUUGACAGUUCAUAAUGAAAAAAAUUAACUUGUUAGUUAAUUUAAUUUUGCUAAUGUAAAUUCAAUUAAUCCUUUAGAGAAAUCAGCUUCACUUUAACAUUUAUAAUAACCAUAAUAAUAGAAUCAUUAAUAAUAAUAACAUUAAAGAAAACAUCAUAAAUCUUAAAAUUAUGAUAAUUAUGUAAUGAAAUUAAAAUCAGUCUAAUUACAAUAUUUUUCAUCUAUUCAUUAUUUUUAUAAUUAUUAGAAAUUGAGUUAAACAUAAAGAGGAAUGGAGAUAUUAAAUAAUCCAUUAAGAAUGAGAUCUAAAAAAUAUGAUGUGUUAGAGGACUUUUCUAUGGAAUUAAAUCUUUAUUUUAAAAAGAGUAGUUAAGCUAAUCUUCCUUAAACUAAGAUAAAUUUUGAAUUACCUUCAUUAACAGCUUCAAUUAAUCCAGAAGUACCUUAUACAUUUUAAAAGUUGAUGUAAACAAUAAAUGAUUUAAGUGCUGAUUAAUCAUUAAGUAGUAUAUUAUAAUAAGAGAAAUCUAAAUUAAUUAAAUAUAGUUCAUGUAAAGGAAUUCUAAGAAAAAGAGGUAAAUUUUUGAGAUCUUGGUCAUCUUACUUUGCUGUAUUAUCUGGUUGGUAUAUAUAUUUAUAUCAGAAUGAAAGUGAUGUAGAUUAUAAUUAAUAUGUUGGAUUGAGAGAUGUAGUUGUCUCUGAAGCAUAAUAAGAUAUUGGAGUAUAGAACUCUUUUAAAAUUAAAUCUAAAAAAGAGAUAAUUUAUUUCUAAGCAAAAACAGCUUAGGAAAAGAAUAGAUGGUUUAAAUUUAUUUAAUAGAAAAUACAUGAUAUUAAAACUAAAACAAAUAAUCUUAAAAUUGGAUCAGAAAAUACUGUACCAUAAUAAAAUGAUAAGGGUAGGAGAGAGUUUGAAUAAACAACUAAAUAAAUGCCUAAAUUAAAUGAUGAAUUAUUAACUAAAUAUAGAUUUUAAAUAAAAAGGUUUUAAAUUGAAUUAAAAUACAAUCAAUAAUCUGAAAUCUUAAUAACAUUUGAUUAAAUUAAAUUACUUAGUCUUUCAGGAAUAAAUGAUAAUUAUUAAGAAUUUACAAUUAAUUCUAUUUCAAUUGAAGAUCAUGGAUAAUCUAUUUUAAGAUCCAUCCAUUACUCAUAACCUAAUACUCCUAAUAUAUUAAAAGUUAGACCAAGUAUAACUGAAAAUAAAUUAUUAAGAAAAAUAAAAUAGGUUACUGAUUUUUAAGAAGAAGAUGCAUAACAAAUUCAUGGAGCAAUAAGAGUUAGAAUGUGCAAUACAGAUUCUCAUUAACCUAGUCAACCUUAAUCAUAUAUUGUUGCAUAACUAUCCUCUUUAGAAGCUCAUUAUCUAGAAUCUUUUUUAGCAAAAAUUAAUUUAUUCUUGGUUCGUCCAUCUUUACAAAAAAGUAAAGAAAGUACUACUGAUUUAAGUGAAUUUACUGAUACUACACAAUAAACUACUACUAUGAAAUAUACUCAAAUACCUGUUAGUGAAACUAAAUUUAUGUAGACUAGAUAUGAUUAAACUAAAGUAAAUAUUAAGAGUGUGAGAUCAUUUACAUUAUAAAAGUCUUCUGUUUCAGAUUCAGAUAUGCAUGAAGGUUAAUAAGUUGAAAGUAAUGAAAAAUUACCUGAAAGUAUUAUAAAGGUUUCAAUUUUAACUUAAGAUAUUAAAUUGAUUGUUAUUGUUUUAGAGAAAGAAAGAGAAAAAGAAAAGCCUAAUGAAUUCUUAUAAAUAUAAGUAAAUUAAAUAAGUGCUGUAUUAACUAUUAAUGAUGAUGAAUAUUUUAUAGAAGGACAUAUUUAGAAAAUAGAGAUUAUUGAUUUAAAGUCAUUAUAAGGAACUAGACAUAUGUUUUUAGGAAAAAAAGAAUAAAAAGAUAAGAAAAAAACUAAAGAAGAAAAGACUAAGAAAAAUAUUGGUAUUCCAGGAUUAACAAUAUUUUCAAAUAAAUAAUAAAUUGAAAAAUAAAUGGUAUAAUUUAAAUAUUCUAAAUUUAAAAUACCAAUCAAUAAUGAUGAUAUUUCAGAUGAUCUAUAUUUGAUUGUCAGAGAUUGUUUCAUAGAUUAUUUACAUGCUACAAUUAUUAAGGUUUUAAGUUUAUUAGAGAUAGCUUAGAAGAAAAAGUAAGCUAAUAAGGAAGAAAAUGAAUAAGAUUUAGAACUUAUAAAAUAGAAACUAAAUGCUCCUUCAUUUUUUAAAAUUAAAGUUUUACUUGAAAAUCCUAAGAUACUAAUUAAACCAGCAGGAAACAUUAAUUAAUCUUUUGAACUUUAAAUAAAAUCAGUAUGUUUUGAAUUGGAUGCUAGUAAAGAAAAAAAUAAAAUUAUUGAGAUGUCUGUAAGAGCGAAUAAGAAAUAAAGUCAAAUAGUUCCAUAAUUAGAUUCUUUGUGGUGGUAAAUCAUAGUAGUUUCUGCAGACACAAUGAGAAUAUUGAUAAGAAGUACAACAGAUUUAUAGUAUAUUUCAAAUCCUUUUUCUGGAGUAUUAAGAAUAUAAACUCCUAUGUUUGUAAGUGAAUAUGAAACUUUGUUUCCAAAUAUAGUACUUAAUAGAAAUUAAGAGAUUAGAAUUAAGGUUACUGAUAUUCAACUUAAUAUUUUAAGAAAUCAUUAUUUAUUUUUAUUAUAAGUUAUGCAAACUUAAUAUGAAAUUUAGAGUUUAAAGACUUAAAAGAAAAGAAAAUAGUAAUAAUAAGUUAAAAAAUAAUAGAAUUAAGCUGCAUUAAUUUUUAAACUUUCUAAAAUUACUAUUAGAUUAAUGGAUGAAUGCAAUUAAUAUGCAUCAUAAGGAUAAUUUUUUAGACCUUUAUUGGAUUUAAGUUUAUUAGAUAUUGUAUUUUAAUUUAAGACUAAUUUAUCUUUGUAAGUUUAAGAUUUAAAAAGCACAUAUUAUUAGUAUCCAUAAUAGGAUGAUAAUAAUUUAAUAGUGAGAAUAUAACAUGUUAUAAAUAAUAUAGUUUUGGAAAGAAGAAAAUUAGAAGAAUUUUUAGAUGAAGAUAUUUUGGAGAAUAAAGUUAAGGAAGUGAAAGAAUUGAUUAAUGAAAUGAAAAUGGAAUUUUAUAAUGAAUAACCAGUAAGUAGAUUUGAUAUAGAUGAUAAAUUAAGUGUAAAAGCAAUAUUAGGAGAAGAUACUACAGAUGUAAGUAUUAAUAUAGGUGAAUCUAAAUAUUUAAUAAAUGCAUAUUAUCUUAAAACUAUUGCAUUAUUUUUUGAAAUACCAAAAUAUGAAGAUGAUCUUAAAAGUUAAUAAUCUCCAUCAUCAUCAUAACCUAUUUAAACAUAAUAUAAAUAAAAAUAACCUUUAUUAAAUGUGAAUAUUAUUUUACUAAAAACUCUAAUAAUAACACAUAAUGAAUCUUUAAAAAAUUGUUUAGUUUUAUAAUUAGAUUCAUUUAUUAAAUUAAAUGAUGAAUUAAAUAAUUAAGCUCAUAGUAAUUAUCAUUAAAAGAAUAAUGAAUAAUAUUCAAAUUAAUCAAAUAUAAAAAAUAGAAAAUUAGAAUUGAGUCUUACAAUGUCACUUUUUAAUACUAACUUUGCAGCUAUUUAAAAGAUAUCAAAAUAAACAAAAAAAAAAAUGAUAUUAUAUCCUAUAAAAAUAGAAUUUAUUAGAAAUUAAUUUACUUGUGAAUGUGAUAUGAAUUAUUCUAAUUAUAAGACAGAUGGUUAAAAUGAAUUAAUAUCAAAUAUCAUAAUAUAAGAUUUAUUAAGGUUUGAUAAGAUUAGAAUAAAUACUUCACAUAAUGAUUAUGCUCUAAUAUUACAAACAAUUAAAUUUUAAUAAGAAUAAAUUAAAUUAUGUGACUAAUUUUUUAGUGAUGAUCAAGAAUCUUCAGUUAAUGAAACUAUAAUUCGUUAAUUACCUAUUAAACCAUCUUUAGUAACAGAAUAAACAAUUUUAAGUAGAAAUGAUACAAAAAGAAAGAGUUUUUUACCUGGAAAAUCAUAAUUAAGUAGAUUAAAAUCAAGUAUACUUUAAGGAUCUUAAUAAAAAGAUGAAGUAAUGUAAGUAUUUUAUGCAGCAGCAGAUUAAGAUAUGGAAAUAGUAAAAGAAGAAGAAAUUUUAUCUGAAUAAGAAUUUCAAUUUGAAACUAUAAAACCAUCUGUUAAAAUAAAUAAAAUGAAAAUAAAAUUAGAUCUUUUAGAAAUAGUAUUAGUAAAUGAUAUUAAUAAAUCAUUUGCUCCAUUAUUAUUAUUUAGAUUCAAUGUUGAAAAAUUUAUGUUUGAUUAAAAUCAUAUCAGUAAAGCAUUAACAUGUUAAUUUUAAAUUGAAUUAUUGUAUUUCAAUCCAGUUGUAAGUAAAAUGGAACCAAUAAUUGAACCAUAUUCAUCAGAAUUAUUAAUUGUACAAUAAAAUCAAUAUAUGUAAACUAUUCAUAUUAAUGGUCAAACAUAAAAUUUAUAAAUUUUAGAUUUGAAUUUAUCUACAGAUAUGAUACUAAAUCUAUACAAAACAUUAACUUAAUGGUAAUAAUUAGAUUAAGAUGAUGAAGAAGAUACAUUUAGAAGAAAUGAAUCUAAGAAAAUAACAAGAUUAGCUAGUAUGAAGGGGAUUUCUUUUAAAGAAAAUUAAGAUAAUGUAACUCUCUUUUCUCUUCAUAAUAAAAGUGGUUAUACUUUAAAAGUUUAAAAGAAUGGUAGUGAAGGUUUAAUAGAAAUAGCAAAUAAUGAUUCUAAAAAUUAUGAAGUAUAAUCUCAUGAUGAAGAUUAUGCUAAAACUUUUGAAAGUGAUACAAGACUUAUGAUUAAAUUUUUAGAUGCUUCAAUGGUUUAAAAUUCCAUAAGUAAUGUUCCUAUUAAUUAUGCUGGAGUUAAAAAAUUAUAAUGGAAUGAUCAAUCAUAAUAUUAUGUACUAAGUACUUAAAUUGAAAAUUUAUAGAAAACAAUUACAAUUUAUUCUCCAUAUAUGUUUGUUAAUCAAACAGAUUGUGAUUUGUCAAUCAAAUUAUCAUGUAUUAAAAUAACUAAAAACUUUAUCCUCAAACCAGGAGAAUAAGCAGCUAUGCCAUAAGAAUUAUAUAAAGAUGAUAGUUUUAUUGUAAUUCAUUUUUCAGAUUCCAAAUAUAAUAAAUUAACUUAACCAAACGAACCCAUUUUUAUAAAGAGAAUAUUUCAUGAUAUAACAAUUUAAAUACAACAUUAUCCAUGUUAUACAUUAGCCACUCUUAAUACAAAUUUAGUUUAGAAUGUCAAAUAUAUAGAAUUUAAACCUGCUUUUAUUUUAUACAAUUUAUUACCAGUUCCACUUCAAUUUUUGUUUCAUUCUAAUGAAAAUUUAGAAAUUUAAAAACUCAUUAUUAAUCAUUAUAAAAAACCAAAUACUAUAACAUAAUACGAAAAACAAUAAUCUGCAUUAUCUAGAGGAAAUUCAUUAAAUCAUUUAUAAAAUGAUUAACAUGAUAAUCUUGUUAGAUCUAUAACUGUUACAGAAUUUAAUUAUACAGCAACAAUAAAAAUAGAAGCAGGAUUAAUAGAAGUAGUUCCAUAAGGUGAAUUAUAAUUGCAUUGGUUAAAGAAUGGGGAUCAUUUAGGAAUUAAUUUACAUGUUCAUGGAUUUGAAUUAAGUUAAUAAUAGGAUAUUAUGUAAGCUACUUAAUUUGAACUAAGAGAUACUAUAGCCAGUCAAAGUUGUCAUAUCAAAGUAGAAAAAGAAUAAGUUAAACAAACUAAAUUAAUUUAUUUUUCAGUACAAACUUGUAUUAUAAACACAACUAAUUAAAGAUUAAAAUAUUACACUUUAAAAGAUUAAAAGCCUUUAAUUUUAUCAGGAUAAAAUAAGGAACCUAAACCAGAUAAGGAAUGUUUUGAGAGUAAUUAUGAUAAAAUUUAAAUAACUGAUACCAUAAAAUAUUUAAUGAUUGGUGUAGAUGAUUGUAUAUCUAAUGAAGUUAAUGUGGGUAUUUUAGGAUCUUUAGGAUUAUAAUUAAAAUAAAAACAUGGAGGUAUGGUAUCAUUAAAUGAAUUUGGUAUUCAUAUUUCUUUAGCAAAUAAUGUUAUAAGAAAAGGUGUUUAUACAAAAGUCAUUGAAAUAAUGCCAAGAUUUGUUAUUUUAAAUAAUACAGGUGUAUAAAUAAAUAUUUGUUAAUCUGGAUAUGAGUCAUAACCAAAAAGAUUAAAUCCAAAUGAGAGAUAUCAUUUGAUUUGGCCUGAUUGUAGAUUAGAGAAAUCAAUUAGAAUUUAGAAACAUGGUAAAUAUAAUUGGAGUGGAGAUUUAUUUAUUAAUGAAAUAAGAAGUACAAAUUUCUUUUCUUCAGGUACUAAUGAAAAUAGCUAAUAAUUAAGUAAUAUUUCAAUAGAAUAAUAAAAAAGUAGAAUUUUUGAGAAAUCUGGUAUUUAUAAAUAAUUCAAUUUAAAGAAAUAUGAUCCUUAAGAGUUUUUACAUUAUAAAGAAUCAUUACCAUUAUAAACUUCAAUGCUUUGUUAAUCAAGUUAAGAUUUCUUUAAAGAUUGUUUAUUCCUUACUGCUGAAAUUACAAAAGUCAAAGCAACUAAUUUUAUUUUAUUAGAAUAACAAAAUGAGGAAAAUCAGCUAUACAAAUUGGUUAAUAAAUGUAGGCCAUUUAAGAUACAUUAUGGAUAAGAUAGUUACAAUAGUUUUUAAGAAUGGGUAUUAGAUUGUGAUUAAACAGUGCCUUUUUCUUGGGAAUAGCCAAGUCAUUCAUUUAAACUUAGAGUUAAAUUUGUUUAUAAUUAGAAAGUUGAACAUGUUGAAAUCAUAGAUUUUUAAUAAUAAGAAAGUCUAUAAGAAAUCAAAUUUUCUAAUUAUUUUAUUUGGAUUAAGUCUGAAUUUUAAGGACAAACCAGAGUUAUUACAUUUUAAUAAGUUAAUGAAACUAUGCGAAAUAUGACAAAUUCUCAUAAAAGAGAAAUUGAAGAUAUUCACAAAUUGAUUAAAUUGUAUAUAUCUCAAUUAGGUAUUUCUAUAAUAACAAAACGAUAAAAUAUACUUUUAGAAGCUAAUUAUAUAUAUAUGAGUGGUAUAGAAUUAGGAAUUAUGCAGACUGAAAAUGAAACUACUGCAUAAUUAAGAGUUAAGUUUUUCCAUAUUGAUAAUAAUACUUCUUUGGAUACUACUACUCCUGUUUUAAUGACAUUAAGAAGAUAUUAUUAAGUUACACAUGAUAGAAAUUACUAUUUCUUAGAAGCCAGUUGCUCUUUUGAACAUUAAGUCAAAGCCAUUUUAUUAUAUAAUUCAAUAAAGAUUUAUAUUUAACCAUUUCAAUUAUAAUUUGAUGAAGAAUAUAUUCAAGUAGUUCUUGAAACAAUCAAAUAAGUCAAACAAUGUCUCUAAAAUUAAUUUGAAUUAGAAUAUAAUGGAUCACCACAUUCAAUCAAAUCUUUAUGUUUCUAAACUCCUUAACAAAGACAUUAUUAUUUAGAAUCUAUGUUUCAACAAAAUUCAUCUAAUCCUUGUAUUGUAUGGAAAUCUCUAGAAAUAAAAAGAUCAAAAAAAUAGGUUUACAUUAAAGAAUUUGUUCUCUCCAAAAUCGAUUUAAGAUUCUCAUUUCAUAAAAGAUUUAGAACAAAUAUUUAAUAUGAUGAAAAUGUAUUUAAUCUUUUUUCUACAGCUAUUGGAGCUACAGUCUAAAAUUUUAAUGAAGCAGAAAUCAUUUUAGAUUGUUUUAGAUUAAGAUCUGUUUAUGAUUCUAAAGAAAUUGUACUCUAAUCUAUUUAAGAUCAUUAUAAGAGUGAAAUUAUCAGAUCUAUUUUAAAAAUUAUUGGUUCUAUUGAAAUAAUUGGAAAUCCUGUAAAGUUUGUAUAAUAAAUUACAAAUGGUGUUGUUGAUUUUGUUGAGAUGCCAAUAUAAGGUUUAAGACAUGGACCAUUAGAAUUUGGAGUUGGAUUAUGUAAAGGUACAGGAUCUCUUUUAAAAAAUACAGUUGCUGGUGCUUUUUAUUCUGUUAAUAAAGUCACUGGAUCUAUUAGUGCAAGUGUUUCAUUACUUACUAUGGAUGAUGAUUAUUUGGAAAAAAGAAGAAUAUUUAUGUUGAAAAGACCUGAUCAUGUUUUAGAUGGAUUAUCCUAAGCAGGCCAUUGUCUUUAUAAUGGUUUUUCAAAUGGAAUUACUGGUGUUGUCACAUAACCAUAUUAAGAAACACAAAAAAAUGGAUUUAAAGGAUUUGUUAAGGGAACUUUAAAAGGCUUAUCUGGUUUGGUAGUUAAACCUAUAGCAGGUGUAUUAGAUGCUAGUGCUAAAGCAGCUGAAGGUGUUGUUUCAACUGCCACUCAUUUUGAUGAUAAACCAAAUGAUACAAGAAUCAGAUAUCCAAGGAUUUUCUAUGAAAAAUCUAAAUACUUUUAAAAAUAUAUUGCUUUAGAUGCUCAAGUAGUUAAUUUCCUGAUUGGCUUUAUGAAUGGAAAAUAUAAAGAUAUCGAAAUAGUUACCUGCUUUUAUUUGAAGGAAACUGAAACAUAAUUAAAUAACAUGUAAAGACAAAUAUUAUCUGCUACUAAAUCAAUUCAUGAAUGUUUUAAGAAUACUUCUAAAAUACUAAUAUUAUCAUAUUAAUAUAUCUUAGUACUUGAGAACAUGACAUUAGUAUAAGAAAUCAUGACAAAAGAAAUUGUUGAAAUAUUAUAACCAAAUUAUGGAUUUCUUAGACUCUCAACUGAAUUCAAACCAAAUAUAGAAAUUAAUAUUCUAUUAGAUGAAAUAGAAUUAAAAAAGGCAACAUCAUUAUUAGAUUACUUACAUUAAUAAGUUAAAAGUCAAUAUGAUUGA